UACCUAUCUAUGACAGGUAUGAUACCUGGGUAUUUGCAGAUACGGAGAUUCAAUGCUAGUCAGUGUAGAGACAGCGUUGUGAGAUGAAGCUGCUCGUACUUCUACUGGCCGCCGCCGCCGCCGCCGCCGCAGCCCCGCGCGAUGCGGACGGCUACCACCCGUCUGGCGCAGCGCAACUCCGCUCCGGCGACGACGCGGGCGCGCCCGAGCCCGGCCCCGCCGAGCGGCGCGCCGACUACUGGCACGCGGAGGCGCAGGCGGCGCUGGCGGCGAGGCUCGCGGCCCCGGAGCCCCCGCGCGCGGCGCGCAGCGUCAUCAUGUUCCUGGGCGACGGGCUGUCGGUGCCCACGCUGGCGGCGGCGCGCGCGCUGCAGGGGCAGCUGCAGGGCCGGCCCGGCGAGGAGGCGCGCCUCGCCUUCGAGACCUUCCCAGUCACCGGGCUCGCCAAGACCUACUGCGUGGACGCGCAGAUCCCCGACUCGGCAUGCACGGCCACGGCGUACCUGUGCGGCUCCAAGGGCAACCUCGGCACCGUCGGCGUGUCGGGCGGCGUGCCGCGCGGGGCGUGCGCCGCCGCCGCCGACCCCGCGCUGCAGGUGCAGUCGCUGGCCGCUUGGGCGCUGGCCGCCGGCCGCUCCGCCGGACUCGUUACCACCACGCGCGUCACGCACGCGUCGCCCGCCGGCGUGUACGCGCACUCCGCCGAGCGCGACUGGGAGAGCGACGCCGACAUCCCCGCCGAGUGCCGCCGCGAGCACGGCGCGCAGGCCGACAUCGCGCACCAGCUCGUGCACUCGUUCCCCGGCAACCGGCUCAAGGUGAUCCUGGGCGGCGGGCGGCGCGAGUUCCUGCCCAACAGCACCGUGGACGAGGAGGGCGCGCGCGGGCGGCGCCUGGACGGGCGCGACCUGGUGGGCGAGUGGCGCGCGGACAAGCGGGCGCGCAACGCGUCGCACAGCUACGUGUGGGACCGCGCGGGGCUGCUGGCGGCGCCCGCGGACGACGACUACCUGCUGGGGCUGUUCGAGAGCUCGCACAUGCAGUACCACGCGGAGGCGGACGCGGCGCGCGAGCCGAGCCUGGCCGAGCUCACGGAGGCGGCCAUCGCGCGGCUGUCGCGCAACCCGCGCGGCUACUUCCUGUUCGUGGAGGGCGGGCGCAUCGACCACGCGCACCACGACAACCUGCCGCGCCUGGCGCUGCUGGAGACGCUGCAGCUGAGCGAGGCGGUGGCGCGCGCCGCCCGCCUCGCCGCGCCCGACACGCUGCUGCUGCUCACGGCCGACCACGCGCACGUCAUGACGUACAACGGCUACUCGCGCCGCGGCAACCCCGUGCUGGGCCUGUCGGGCGACGCCGGCCGCGACGGCAAGCCCUACCUCACGCUCAGCUACACCAACGGGCCCGGCUACCGCCCGCACGGCGCAGACGGCCGCCCCGACGUCUCCGCAGACGACUACCUGUCGCCCUGGUACCAGCGCUCGGCGAUGGUGCCGCUGGCCUCGGAGACGCACGGCGGCGAGGACGUGGCGGUGUUCGCGCGGGGCCCGGGCCAGCACGUGUUCACGGGACUGUACGAGCAGAGCCAGCUGCCGCACCUCAUGGGCUACGCGGCGUGCCUGGGCCCGGGCCGCCACGCCUGCCACGACCACCACGAGCCCUGACCCACCACUGCAUCAUCAGACCUAUCUAGUGAAUGGAUACUUUUAGCUGAGGCUAUUAGGUAGUAUUUAUAAGUUUUAUACUUGGCACAGUAAUUUCUAAAUACCUUCACGGGAUCAAUUGCUAGGAAUCUGUACCAAGUUUGAUCGCACAGUUUUAUUUCAAAUGGUAGCAAUAAAAGUAUAUUUAGCGUUUUUUCUAGUGUCGUGUCGUCUAUUCUUAUCAAUGAUAUCCUAUGGCGCUAUGAUAUUUACUUACUGAUGAAAUAUUAAUAUUUGUAUAUUAUUAAUAAAUAGAUGCGCUAUU